AUAACUGGUUUUGCCUUGUGGACUUAAUUAGGGCUAAUGUGACAGGUUGAGGUAGGUAACUUAAGAGUUGAAUAUCAGACACUGUCAUGACUUUUCUAUCCAGUAGACCUUGGUCAACAGCAUCAGCUGUGAGCUGUCCUCCAAAACACUUGCCUUUACUUAAAACGGAGUCGCCUCAUUUACAAGCAGUUUAUGCACUUGCACUGACGUCAAUGGAGCUAUCUUGGAUGUAUAUAACAGUUCAGACAGAGGCAGUCUACUACAAUCGCCAUUUAGCGGGACUUUUCGUACCGGGUUCUCCAUUGACACUUUUCUAGACUUUUUCAGCACCAGGAGGCGAUCAAGGCACCGUUUUGUUCGUCUGUCCAGCACUAUGAAGCCUGUCCCCCUGGUCCUGCUCCUUGCCACUGUUCUCCUCACCUCUCACAUCCCCCCCAGUGUUAGUCGACCACAGAACCUGGCCAUGUUCGACGGCCACGGCUACAAGAGUCAGCUGGACGAGGUGUUCCAGAAGUCUGGCGACGCAGUUUCCUACCUUAUCGGAGAAAAUAUACUGCGUUAUUUGCUGAGAAAUCCCCGGUUGCAAACAGGUUUCCCGCCACAGUUUCCCUUUGAGGUGACGCCCCUGGGCUCGAGGGGUCACCUGGCGCGCAGUUUGCCGCCCUUUGAGCAGCAGCGCGCGCCUGAGGAGGUUAACAGCGUGGAAGACUUCGUGGAGUUGACCAAGAGAAACGAUGACCCGCCGAUCUCCAUCGACCUCACUUUCCACCUGCUGAGAAAUAUGAUCGAAAUGGCGCGGAUCGAGAGCCAGAAGGAGCAAGCAGAGUUGAACCGCAAGUAUCUAGAUGAAGUUGGAAAGUGAUACCAAGUGUAAUCUACAAGGGAGAAAAUAUCUCACGUAAAAAAAAAACGCCCCUGGCACUCUCCCACGAAAUACUUUCGAUUUUUCUUUGCAUUUAACCUUUGGUUUCUCUGUCAUUCCUCAUGCUUCAACCUGUGCGUAAAAGGAACUUACCCACCUGUCCAAAAAGCCUUUCAAAAUCAACGGGCUAUAAAACGAUUGACUACCAGUCUACCAAGACCCCAGCUACAGUGUACUCAUAGUGGACGACUGGAAUACUAUUCUUUGAGAUAUGGCAGUGUGUGAAUACUUCGCAUUUCACACCUCUAUUCUCACCUUUGGAUGUCCGGAACAUUGUAGUAGACCUACAACAAUAAUAUUGUCAGAAUCAAAUUGGGUUAUAAGUUGCCCUAAUGUGGAAUAAGUGCAACAUGUUUAUUAGUCAAAGUAGGGACCUAACUAAGAUUUGAUGUCAACAGUAGCAUAAACGGUUACUACAAAGUUAAUAACAAUGACAGAUAGCCUAAUCAUUACACUGAAGUUUCCAGCAAUAAAUAUCAACAUGUUGACAAACGCUAUAGCCCUAUAACACAUUACCACCCCUUGGCGUCCUGGGGAUCCCAAGGGGUGCACAUUUUUGUUUUUGCCCUGCACUACAAAGCUGAUUCAAAUGAUCAAAGCUUGAUGAUGAGUUCAUUAUUUAAAUCAGCUGUGUAGUGUUAGGGCAAAAACCAAAAAGUUUGGGAAAUGCUGAGGUAUGGGGUCUGCCAGUGCCCAAGCUUUUUUGUGAUACAACUAAUAUCCAAUUUUAUCUGGGACUAGGUGAACAUAUCCUACUCUUUACAACCCCCCCCCCCCCCCCACUAUUCUUAUUAUAUGUUUGUCUGAGUGAACUGUCCUCUGUAGUACAGCAUGCUUACCUUAAAGAACAAAAAAAGAAAAUGCUUAAUUUUAUGUUGACUGCUUUGUCAAACCCUAAUCAUCUGGACAUAUCUUAUGAUCCCAUGGUUUAGAAGUAAAGAAAAGCUUUUUUGCCAUUUAUAUUUUGUGAUAAAAAAAGUUCUGGAAAAAAAAUUAUAUUGACUCUGUCAUAGUCUCUUACAGUAGUGAAUGUAGUAAAGGAAACUAUUCUGCUGACUUGUAAGACGUUAUAGUCAUGUCCUCUCUGACUACCAAAAUAGUUUAUUCCUAUGUCUGUAAACAGAUGCUGCUGAGGUUCCUCUUGCCCAUUCAAAUACAAAACCUGAGUAGUAAACUCUGGCUGAACACUCAUUGCAAAACCUCUAUGGCCUAACAUUCUUGCAGUCUUCGCCUUUAACGCUUAUUAAACAGUUAACUUUACAGCAGUUGCCUGUCUCCUUUUUAAAUGCAUAACGUGGAAGCCUACAUAAUAGUGUAAUGGUUGCUGCGAACUUGUGAGAGCUCGUCAAAAUGGCCCCCGACGUGGUGUUUCUACUAUACGGCUCAGCUCUGUCAGACAGCUCUGUCAGACUGUCAGUAUGGUGGAAUUCUGCUGCCUUGUUCCUCAUUGUGUUAACACCAUAAAG